AUGACAAUAGACACGGUGAUAUUAGAUAUCGAGGGCACAAUCUGUCCAAUCUCAUUUGUUAAAAGCGUGUUAUUUCCAUACUUUGUCAAACAACUACCCACCACUUUGAACACGAUUCAAUUUCCGUUAAAUUUAAAUAUCAAUGACACUAAUUCUAAUCAAGCCUCGAUUGUGCAAACACUAUCAAAAUUACCCUUGAGCGUAACGACCUCAUCUGAAUCUACAUACAAUUAUCUCAAGGGCCUAGUUGAUAACGAUGUGAAAGACCCUGUAUUAAAGGCAUUGCAAGGUCUCAUUUGGAAACAAGGCUAUGAAUCGGGCGAGAUUAAAAGCCCUGUGUACCCAGACUCGAUCGAUUUCAUUGAAAAGUUUCCAAAAAGAGAAGCAAAUUGCAAAAUUUAUAUCUACUCGUCUGGAAGCAUCAAUGCGCAAAAAUUGUUGUUCAGUCAUGUGGAUAAUGGGACGGGAAUUGCAAUGGAUUUGAAUCCCCAAUUGAGUGGUUAUUUUGACAUUACUACUGCUGGUUUCAAGCAAGAGGCUUCAUCGUAUACAAAGAUUAUAGACCAAAUCGACAAAAAGGACAAUGAGAAAUCUGUUUUAUUUUUAAGUGACUAUAUCAACGAAGUGAAUGCAGCAAUUGAGUCAGGAAUGAACAGUUAUGUCGUAAUCCGAGAAGGUAAUACUCCAAUCCCAGAUAAGGAAUUGGCAAGCCACAAGAUCAUUUACUCGCUAUCGGAAUUAAACCUUUAA